GGAGAAGAAAACGAAACAGAACGGCCAGUGGAAGCCGCCGUGCCGUGCCGAGGCGGACGGACAGUCGGACACUGUCCGAGGAAGCCAGGAAGGAUACCCACCCGCACCGACUCCGCCGCGGAGGAAUGCGGCGACGACCAGCGCCGCCGCCGCCGCUGUAACGGUAGCUAGCUGGCCGCUCGGGUCGGAGGGAGGAGGAGGAGGAGGCUAAUGGGGGUGUGGAGGGAGGGCGCGGGCUGGUGCUUCUGCUCCGGCGGGGGCGGCGACGACGGGGGCCGGUCGGAGCGGGUCAAGGCGGCGAUCUUCUCCGCCAGGGCCUCCGCGCUGGCGGCCGUCCGUGCGCAGGGGCGGCAUCACGGCAGCGGGCUCCUGAUCCACCGGAACCUGCUGCUCACCACGCACGGCAACCUGCCCUCCGCGGCCGCCGCCGAGGACGCCGACGCGCUGCUCGGCCAGGGCCGCCUCGUCGCGCGGCUCGAGCCGCACAGAUUUUUCAUCAGCAGCUCGAUUCUUGAUCUUACAAUAGUUGGUAUUGAUUAUACAGAGGGUGACUCGACCCUACAGGGUCAGCAACCUCACUAUUUGAAAACAAGCUGCAAACCAAGCCUAGAUCAUGGGAGUCCCGUGUACCUGCUGGGACAUACAGGGAAAAAAGAACUGGUGAUUGGUGAGGGCAAGGUGGUUAUUGGCACAGACAACCUCAUAAAACUCUCAGCCGAGGGGGUGACAUGGUGUCCUGGGUCUGCUGGUUUUGAUGCCCAAGGGAACCUAGCUUUCAUGAUCUGUGAUCCAAUGAAGCUGGCCUCUUCUCCCACCGCAAGAUCAUCCUCGGCAUCCUCAUCCUCAUCACAUUCAUGGAAGAAGGAUCAGCCAAUGCAAUUUGGGAUUCCCAUAUCUGUAGUUUGUGAUUGGUUAUAUCAGCACUGGCAGGGCAGCUUGGACGAGGUUAGCAAGCCAAAGUUACCUCUUGUUCGGCUGAUGUCCAGCAGGAGUGAUCACUCAAGCACCUCGUUCACUCGUCGUCAUGUGUUCAAGCCUGACGAUGAGAACGAUGAUGCAUCCGUUUGUUCAAAGCCUAAACAUCAGCAGGUAUCAGGUAGCACAGCCACUGCAAGGAUUUCACAUGAAGCAAAUCCUAUAGUUGAUCUGCGCACAAGCUGUGAGCAGGGUGUUACGACUCCAGAAAUAUAUGAAUCGCCAAGGCGAAGUUCUUGUCAGGCUCAGAAGAACGCUGCUGCACCAAUUCAACUCUUGGACAUCAACUUCCCACCCAGGGUUCCAAAGACUAUAUUUCUACCAUUGCCUCUGAAGCAAAUGCUUUCUGAUGAGAACAAUGUUGAAACGUCGAAGCCAAAAUAUCGGUCAAAAGACAAUGGCUUCCCAUCAGGGCUGAUAUGGCACCGCAAUAUUGAGGCUGAGUGUAGGGACCCUCCGGUAGCUCUUCAGCAUAUGGAUUGCAGCAGCGAGGGACAGUCGAGCUCAUCACCUGCUGAGAUACCGGAGUAUGGAUGCCAAGACCAGUACGAUAGCGAGGAGGAAACAAUGUACUCAGCUGAAACCAUGGAAAGCAGGAACAUUCCAAGCCCCAGGGAGAAACAUGUGGGGAGGAGCCAGAGCUGUGUUACCUACAGCAGGUGGAGCUCUCCAAGGACCUCAUCAAUGCAGAAUGGAACCUUGCGAAAGCAGCAUACACUGAUCCCUGUGCGGAAGACGCACUCGCAGAACACGACUCUUCCGCAGAGGAGUCAUGACUACUUAAGCCCAACAGUUUCCUCAGCCAUGAAGAAGAGGAACUCCAUGGAACAGCAGCAGGCCACAAAGCCUCGACGGAGCACCAUACAGUCUUCUCCAAAAUGGAUGUUUUGAUGGUUCUAUCUAUAUCUGGUUUUGAGGUGGAAACAAUGAAGAAAGCAAGUGCCUACUCGGUGAAAACUACUGCUCCUAUGUUUCCUACUCAAAACUUACAUGUAAGUCUGCUCCCUUCCCUCAGUUCUCUACUUCUCUCCCUGGGUUCCUGUGUGCAGAAUGGCAUGGAUAAAUAAAGAGAAACAAAAAGGAAAAGAAAAGCAAAAAAAUCAUCACAAAAGAUUACAGAUGAAAUGUGUUGAAGGCGGCAUUUGUGAGGUGCGAUGAGGACUGUUAUAUUCCUGCCGACUCUAGUGUUCAGCUUACAAUUUUCAACUAAACAUUUUUAAUAUGUUUUUUUUGGUAUUUUGCUAUUCAUCCAUAGCCAUGAUGACUGUAAUCAUUUUGUUUGCUACUGCUUGCGGCCUUAUGUACCAUGUGUGUCAUCCUGAAUUAGACCAGGAAAUAGGUUGAGAGUUGGCUACCAAGUGAGUUUUUUUUUUUCAAUUGACCGCUUGUCCGCAGUGUUGGCUGUGUGCCAUACUAUAUAGCAAUGUAAAUAGCUUUUAUUUGAAUGAUGCGGCAGAGUUCAUUGUGGUCCUUUCCUGUAUUAUAGUUCAGUACUUGAGGAAAGGUCAGUUUGCUAUA